UUAAGAAUUUGCACGGUUUUUAUGGGAAAAAAUAUCUUGCGAUUCCGAUAAGUUGUCCGCAUAUAAUAUAAAGAGGAGGUCAUAAUAACUUGUAAUACCAUGUUAGAAUCGGCACAUUCAUGCGCAUGCGUAGGAAAUGAUCCAUCAAAGUAACGUCGAUAUGCCAUUUUAUGGCCUUUUUGCUGGUCAAUCUGAUGUAAAUGAGUAAAAUUGAACACCUCCGACCUCGUCGCCCGGAACGAUUUUCCGUACAAGAAUAGUUAAUUGCAAGAUGUACUUAUCCUGAAAGUUUCGUCCCGGGCGACGUUGUCGGAGGGGUUCAAAUAUCAAUUUAAGUUUUAUAGAUCGUCGCCAAUCAAAAUGCAAUUUAGAGUAACCACUUCGCGUAUUUCGUCUAUAGAAGCGAAAAUGAGGUCAAAUUUCGGUCAAAAAUCACAAAUAUCCAUUUGUUUUUUUGUGUAAGAGCAUUUUUAUCUGUUAAUUAACACAAUAAUAAAAACACAAUCCGGAUAAAACCGAGUCAUUCAUACGGAGGGGAUGCCAUUUUGGUUGUUAUGGAUGCUGUAAACAAAGCGAUGUACAUCAGAUGGUUCCAGAGAUGAACUGUUCCACGAUUCGUGGAAAUUGCAGACAAUAAGCAGCUAGGAUGGAUGGGAAACAAUAUAGAUGCGUGCUUUGUAAUAGAAAGGCCCCUCCUGAUGAAAGACGCCCAGCUAGUACAUUUCUGGUAAUAUUACGCAAACAUUUUUCCUUAAAUGUUGAGGAAACAGAUGUUCUCUGUAACAAGUGUCGUCACAAGUGUCGGAAAGUCAAAGACUCAGUGACAAGGGAAUCUGUGUUGCCGAGAAUAGCUCCCCAAGAGGAAACAGAGGAUCCAACAUUUGCGUCACCCAAGCAGAAGCGUCCAAAACAUGCAUUCCCAAGUCCCCCAUCUGUACCCUUGCCUAUUCCAUCAUCAUCACAGAGCCAUGGUUACUGCUUUGUUUGCAAGAAACCAGGACCAAAGCUUGUGGCUGUUUCCCAUCAUGUUCGGCUGUUAGUGUUUAUUAGGAGAGAAAUCAUCAUUCCAUCUGGAGCAAGAUGCUGUGUGCGACAUCUAGAAAAUGGGAAAAUGGUUGAUGAUGCUAUGCAGCAGAUCAGGACCAAUGAAAGCACAACGCUCAACAAAACAUUCAUCCUCAGUCUCAUAAAGGACUUGCGAGAGAAGGCAUUCCAACAGUCAAGGCUUGACUUUGAUGAUGAAAGCUGUAUGGAUGACGAUGAGUAUAGAGUACUGACUGGAUUUUCUCGACGGGAAUUUCACGACAUUGUAUCGUCAGUUACCAGCAUCAACUCAACUAGAAAUCGGAGCAAGAGGACAUGUAUUGCCAUCCUCCUGAUGAAACUUAGAUCAGCUCUUUCUAACAAACUGCUUGCUGUUUUGUUUCAUAUGACUAAAUUUCAAGUUCGCCGAGCUAUAGUUUCUGCACGAACUUCACUUAUGAGAGACUUUGUGCCACACAAUCUUGGAUUUAACCACAUAACACGCGAGGAGGUGAUCCAGAACCACACCCGACAACUGGCCAGAAAUCUCAUGACUGAAGAUGUUACAUCGAAUCCAGCAAUUUUGGUUCUCGAUGGAACAUAUAUCUAUAUACAGAAAAGUUCAAAUUUUGCUUUUGCUCGUAGAUCAUAUAGCAUGCACAAACACAGGCCUCUUGUGAAACCCAUGAUGGUGGUGACAACGACUGGGUACAUUGUGUCAGUUCUUGGCCCCUAUCUAGCAGACAGUAAGAACAAUGACGCCAGCAUACUGAGGCACAUGAUUUACCAUAAUGCUGAGGAACUCAGGAACUGGCUUCAAGAGGAGGAUGUGUUUGUAGUGGACCGUGGCUUCAGAGAUGCCCAAGAUGUUCUGGAAGAUGUUGGGAUAAAGUUAGAGAUGCCAGCAUUUAUGAAACGGGGAGAGAAGCAGCUCUCAACUAUUGAUUCUAACUUAUCAAGAGUAGUGACAAAGGUGCGAUGGGUAGUUGAAGCAUGUAAUGGACGCCUGAAACAGUGUCAGUAUUUGUCCAAGACCUUGCCAAAUUCCCAGAUCCCAUUCAUUGGUGACUAUGUUAGAAUUGUUGCAGCACUCUGUAACAAGUAUAGGCCUCCAAUUAGUAGAUCAUCAGAAGAAGAUGAACAAGUUGCUGCCAAAAUGCUCCAUCUUUCACAGAGAGCAAAUACACUACAGGAACGUGUUGAAGGUGAGGGACUGGAUAGAAGAGGAAUGCGCUGGUCAAAAGUGGAUGUGGAGAAUGUAGCUCCAGAUUUUCCAUGCUAUGAUGAAAGUGAACUGCGCCAACUUACGCUCGGGGUGUAUCAGCUGCGCAUGGCCCUCUCCUAUGCUCAGGAACACACUGACGCAGACGGUGGAUUUGAAAUCCUCAUCAAUGACGAGAUUCCUGGAUUGUUGUGUGCCAAAAUUCAAAGCAGACAUAUAUCCGCAAAACAGUACAGAUGCUGGGUCAGUUUUGGUGACGGAGUGGUCGAUGGAUGGUUUUGCAAAUGUAAAGCUGGCACCAGAGUUGUUGGGAUGUGCGGCCAUGUUACCAGUGUUAUCUGGUAUCUCUAUUUUGGACGAUAUCAGAAUUCACUAAAGGGGGUUCGAAACUGGACUGCAUCACUGGAAGACGCCUCUGACAUCCCUGCCAUCAUUGAUGAAUCGGACAGUGAUGAAGAUGAAGGUUGUGUUGAAGAGUGAGAGAAGAAAGAGGAAAGUAAGAAAGAAGUUGUUUUGUGUAUGAGAGAGAGAGAGAGAGAGAGAGAGAGAGAGAUAAUACAUGUUUGGAAUUGGUGUGCCUCAGUGAUUUGAACUUUUGUUACCAGGGUAGUUGUCAUUAUUUGUGUAUUUAAGUGUUACAUGUAUAAUGUAUUUGUUAUUUAAUUUCCUUGUUCGAUAAACUUGUUUUCUUCAUUUUAGUGUCUUUCU